GUGUCCGGCGCGAGGCCUGUCCCGUGCUGGGCCCGGGAGCGGCUGCAGGGCGGGGCUGGGGGCAGCGAGCUCCUGAGCCGGCUGCAGGGCCAGCUUCGAGCGAUGAGCCAGGCCGGGACCCCCGGGGGGGCCGUUUGAUCCCCGCCCGCACCCCGGCCGCCAUGACCGAGUACAAGCUGGUGGUGGUGGGGGCUGGCGGCGUCGGCAAGAGCGCGCUCACCAUCCAGCUCAUCCAGAACCACUUCGUGGACGAGUACGACCCCACCAUAGAGGACUCGUACCGGAAGCAGGUGGUGAUCGACGGCGAGACGUGCCUGCUGGACAUCCUGGACACGGCCGGGCAGGAGGAGUACAGCGCCAUGCGCGACCAGUACAUGCGCACGGGCGAGGGCUUCCUCUGCGUCUUCGCCAUCAACAACGCAAAGUCCUUCGAGGACGUGCACCACUACAGGGAGCAGAUCAGCAGGGUGAAGGACUCGGACGACGUCCCCAUGGUCUUAGUCGGUAACAAGUGCGACCUGCCCUCUCGGACGGUGGACACCAAACAGGCUCAGGAGCUGGCGAAGAGCUACGGGAUCCCUUUCAUUGAGACCUCGGCCAAAACCAGGGAGUGGAGGACGCUUUCUACACGCUGGUGCGGGAGAUCCGGAAACACAAGGAGAAGGUCAGCAACGGACGCAAGAAGAAAUGCUCCAAGAAGAAGUGCGUGAUCCUCUGAGGGCCAGACUGGCGCGGGAGUGGCGAGGAGCCUUCCGCCCCCGCGCCCUUCCCCUCCUGAGCCCCUUUGGUGUGUAAACUCCAGCAGCGCAGCGUCCAGCAGCAUCCUGAUGCUUGGUUGGCUUUGGAGCAGCUGGGAGGAGAAGGCAGCAGAGACUAGGAUGUGACUCUCUUUUGGUUUCGUGGCUCCAUUCGUCCCUGAGGCUCCAACUGAAAACAAGUUUCAAAACUGCACCGAUCUACCCUACCCCCUGACGUCGGCCCGGAGACGCCCUUCGGUUUGCUGGCAGGUUUUCGUAGGAGAAGGAAACAUCCCCUGAAACGACUGAAGACAGAAGCGCGGGCAGCAAAAUCCCAUGAGCUGAGGGGUUGUAAUUCCUCCCUGUCCGAUCAAACACCAGGCUGUGGUAACACAGGCGCUAGCGUGGUUGAAGCUCUGGUCCCGUUAGCAGCUCUCCGGUUUGCUCUGCGGUUGGAGAGCAGGUCUUCACCGGGACAGGAACAGCUGUACCACCUGUGGGUGCGAUGGAGGGAGAGGGUAACUUGCUCCCCAGAGAAAUAAGAGCGUCCAGGCCGAGCGCAGUUUGCAACAGCGGGAGGCUUUGGAAGUCCUGCUGUCGGGAAGGGUGCCGGGUUCUGGGGAUGGUGAUGGCCCCACUCCAUUGGCGUACCUGGUGGGUGGGGAGCCAGGGACCACGGUGGGGUUUGGGUCCCUCAGAGCAGAGACGGAAGAAGGUCAAUAGCUGUGUUUUGAGGGGAGUGAUAGAUUGGGGUUACCCUCUGUUCCUCUCCUGCUGUUCUGGCUGUUCCUGGGAAGUUUUUGGAUUGGGAAGGAUCCGGCGGCUCGUGGAAAUGGCUCAGCUGUGUAUGGAUGCUCUGUUUCUGGGGCCCCCCCACUGAAAGGCAUUUCUCCCCCGAUGCGCUGUGCAGAGAAUGGGAGCUGCAAAUAAACCAGUGAAGAAGUUAACCCAGCCACACGCCUGCCCAGUCGGUCUGCGGUUCCCAAUCCCUGCGUCUCGGGCUGGGAAAUCAUAGUUGAUGUUGACGGGGAGCUGCCGCAGCCUGGCUUGAUUUCGGUGGGAGGGCGGAUCCCACGUAGACAGACCCCGAGUCCACAGUUCUGUUGCUUCUCCACAAAUGCUCCAGGUCCCAGGGGGGCUGAGUCUUAAACGUGUCCGUCUCUGCUUGCUCGCUGUGGCUGCGCCCGAGCCUGGGGGACCAGGGUGGGAUGCAUCAGGGCAUUUGCUGGGGUGGGAGCUGAGCACUAGAUCCAGGGCUCUGGAGUGAGGGAGAAACCCCGAGUGCUGACAGCUGGGAUCUUUCCUGCUGCUCAGGCCAGGCCUCACCCAAGGGCUCUGCGGCUGUGGAGCUCUGGCUGCAGGAGUUUAAAGCCACCUUUUGUGAUCUCUGGAGCCGGGGCCUGCCUGGGCCCCACUGUCAAUAAA